AUGUUAAAGAUUGUGAAGUGUUCAAAGUGCCAUGCACAAACACUGCAGCUUCGGACACCGGGCGCGACAUCCAUCCACUGCACCUUCUACAAGGCUGUUUCCUUCGUAAAAGAGCUUCUGUCUCCACUGCAGGCUCCGUCGCCUUAUAACCAUGCUCCACCAGGACUGCCACCUCAGGUCCAUAGUAGCAAACGAGCCGUGAUAUUUGGUGUGUCAUAUAUGAAUUCUGGAUACGAGCUCGAUGGUUGCAUUCAUGAUGCCAAGUUAAUGAAGGCCUUGCUGAUUAUUCAGUUCAAGUUUCCCGAAUCUUCAAUCAUCCUUCUCACUGAAGAAGAAAGUAAUCCUAACAGGCGGCCAACCAAGUACAACAUGAGAAUGGCAUUGUAUUGGCUGGUAUUAGGUUGUGAAUCGGGAGAUUCCCUGGUGUUCUAUUAUUCUGGUCAUGGCUCACAGCAGAGGAACGACAGCGGAGAUGAGAAGGAUGGCUUUGACGAAACACUUUGUCCCUCAGACUUCGAAACUGAAGGACCGAUAGUCGAUGACGAAAUCAAUUGGACAAUCGUCAGGCCACUGCCAAAUGGGGUUAAGCUUCAUGCAAUCAUAGAUGCUUGCCAUAGUGGUACUGCCUUAGAUUUACCUUUCCUAUGUAGAAUGAAUUAUGAGAGUCAAGGGGGAUACGUCUGGGAGGAUCAUUGCCCUCGAUCCGGUAUGUGGAAAGGGACAAGUGGUGGAGAGGUCAUUUGCUUUAGUGGCUGUGAUGACGACCAAAACUCUAUUCAAAUCUCGUCGAGGAAUAUUGCUUCAACCAGUUUACUGACAGCUUGUUUCAUCCAAGCCAUUUUACAUGGACAUGGAACAAGUUAUUGGAACCUGCUAAAUGCAAUGCGGGCUAUGGUCUCUCUCUGCGCAACAUCUCUCAACCUACCACCACAAGACGAUGAUGAUGAAGGUUGUUGUGCUGUAUUAUCUUUUCUAGCAACGCUCACAAAAGGAGAGAGUCUGACCAGUGGUUCAGGACAGGAACCAUGGUUAACAGCCAGUGAACCAUUUGAUGGGAAAAAAAUGGCCCAUUAGUCCACAAUCUAGUCUAUUGCUGGAGACAAAGAUUCAUUUGGCAACCAAUGGGAGUUUGUAUUGUGAUAUCAUUCUAUGGCUGAAUUUUUAAAAAUUCAAUCAUAAAACA